AAGAACAGCUGGAUUUAGUGGUGUUCAGCCUAUAAUAGUGCGACCGUCUCGCCGACAUAGACUUCCGGAUUUAAGAUACGUGUACAACAGCAAAAUGGAAAUCCAAAAAUACCUUCCUGAAAGCAUAAAGAAGCUUCCAACUCAUAUGGAUUUUGUUGGACAGAAGAAAGCAGAGAAGAUGUUCCAGAUUAUUAUCAUCACAUUUGCUACUGUAGGCUUUAUAUGGGGUUACAUAUGUCAGCAGUUCUCACAGACAAUGUACAUACUUAUAGCUGGUUUUGUUAUAUCUUGCCUGUUAACAUUACCACCAUGGUCGAUGUUUAGAAACAGUCCUUUAAACUGGCAAAAAUCUCGAACUGAGGCAGAAGAAAUUGGCAGUACAUCCACACCACAGUCAUCACAAAAAUCAAAGAAAAAGAAAUAAAGUGCAAUAACACUCUUACAGCAUUUUCAAACUAUUUUUUGUAAAUUCUUACUUUUGGUAAUGGAUUUUUUUUGUGUAUUUGGUAUAAAUCUCUUGUCAGUUAUUUUUCUGUUUAAUAUUGUAAUGCUUUGUUAAUAGACCAAUUUGUAUUGUUAUAAAAGACGCUAAUUUGAAGCAGUUCACUCUAUAUGUGAAUGGCUGGUUUGAUUUGAGUUCAGUAGUUGAACCAUGUAUAAGUAGAUAUAUUUGCAUUACUGUUAUGCUGUACCUCGUCCAUAUUGAUGGAAAGUAAAAUUAUCUAAAAUACCUUUCUAAAAGAAAAAUUGCUGUUGAGUCUAGAAAAUUUAGUAAAAAUGCACAAAAUUCGCACAAAAAAUGUCAAAAUGUGCAUGAUAAAUAAUGACUGCCUGUGAAACAUCAAAGUUUAGCGGAGAGACUGUACAUGAAAAGGACUAGAGACUGUACAUGAGGACUAUAUUUGCUACAGUUCUAGUAAAAUGACUGUUAAUAUAUUACCUUUUAUCAGUAUAUUAUGAAUCAUGGUAAGUAACUGUUCUUAUGAGAAAGGUCUCCGGGUAUUUUUUCUCCAUAAUAACACCCCAUCUUUGGAAAUAUAACAUCCCCGGGUGCAUUAAUAAGGGAAUAUAUGGUAUGUAGUAAAAUUACAUUUAAGCCUAUGCUAAAGACCAUCUCCAAACAGAGACCAGACUAUCUGGCUUUAAUGACUUCUGGCAUUGUUUCAUAUUUUAAUACUUGCCGUGUAUUUUAACCGGCAAUUUAGACCACCUGCCAAUAAAAGCCAAUUUUUGUGUCUCCUAAAGGUGGUCUUUAUUUGAGUUUUACUGUUAGUAGUUGCAUUUUUUACUACUGAAGUAUACCUGGUGGAAAUGUUUUCCAACUCUUGUAUGCCUUUUACUUAGCAGCUUGAGAGAGGUACAUGUACUCAAGUUUUAAGAAAAUAUAUGUUAGUUGCCUUUAUGCCCCAGUCACACAUACGGCGCAGAUAGCUACGUCUAGCCACGGAUAGAAACGUAGAAAUACGUAUCAGUCUGUACCUGAGCUGUACGGAUUGCUACGGACUGAUACAGGUUACUACUUUAAGGUCAGAUCGUUACGGUUCGAUACGGGUUACUACGUUCCUAUCCGUGGCUAGACGUAGCUAUCCGCGCCGUAUGUGUGACUGAGACAUAAGGGUCUAACAUUUAUUGUAAAAUGUAGGUUUAACUUAAAAACACAUUUCCACUUAUUUAUGUUUGUUUUCACUCCAUAUUCCUAAAUCCUGUUGAAGUAUGGAACUUUCCUAUGGUUCCAUAAUCACAUAGAUGUGAUAAUGAUAAACUCCAGCUCUAAUGACAUAAAAUGUUAUAAAACAGUUUAAGGGCUGUCUUGGAAUGAAUUUUUAUGCCCCCGAAGGGAGGCAUAUAGUUUUUGAACCGUCUGUCUGUCUGUGUCUGUCCACAAUUUUCGUGUCCGGUCCAUAUCUUUGUCAUCGAUGGAUGGAUUUUCAAAUAACUUGGCAUGAAUGUGUACCACAGUAAGACGACGUGCAGUGCGCAAGACCCAGGUCCGUAGCUCAAAGGUCAAGGUCACACUUAGACGUUAAAGGAUAGUGCAUUGAUGGGUGUGUCCGGUCCAUAUCUUUGUCAUCGAUGGAUGGAUUUUAAAAUAACUUGGCAUGAAUGUGUACCACAGUAAGACGACGUGCAGUGCGCAAGACCCAGGUCCGUAGCUCAAAGGUCAAGGUCACACUUAGACGUUAAAGGAUAGUGCAUUGAUGGGCGUGUCCGGUCCAUAUCUUUGUCAUCGAUGGAUGGAUUUUCAAAUAACUUGGCAUGAAUGUGUACCACAAUAAGACGACGUGUCACACGCAAGACCCAGGUCCGUAGCUCAAAGGUCAAGGUCACACUUAGACGUUAAAGAUCAUUUUUCAUGAUAGUGCAUUGAUGGGCAUGUCCGGUCCAUAUCUUUGUCAUUCAUGCAUGGAUUUUAAAAUAACUAUGCAUGAAUGUGUGACACAGUAAGACGAUGUGUCGCGCGCAAGACCCAGGUCUGUAGGUCAAAGGUCCUAAACUCUAACAUCGGCCAUAACUAUUCAUUCAAAGUGCCAUCGGGAACAUGUGUCAUCCUACGGAGACAGCUCUUGUUACCAUUGGUCAUUAUUGAAAAAUGUUUGCAAAUAAGCAAAUCAAGACAUCUGAGUUUUUAUCUAGUCUCAGAACUAGAUUGUGUGCUAUGGAAUUUAGUCAGCAGUCAUUUUUUGUUUAAGAAUAUCAGUAUCUUUUCUGUCAGUACGAGUGUCACUCCAGUUUAAACUGAACAUACAACAGUCACAUUACUGAUGUUUUUGUAACAACAAUUCUCCACUUUUGUAAUUUUACAUGUACCUCAAAAUUGAUGCCUAAAUGUUCAUGGUCAUUUGCUUUGAAAGUUUGUGUUUGUUUGUUUGAUGUGAGAAGCAUAUUUUUACCAUAUUUGCAUUGUAUAUGGCUAAAGAUUUUUUCUAAUGAAAAGGAUAUAUCAGUGUGAAUGGCAUGCUUAAUUUGUAGAACAUAUGAAAGGUGUGUUUAUGUGCCAUAAUCAUCUUUCAAUAACUGAGACAUUUGCUGUAGUCAAAUUCAUAAAGUGGCUGCCACUGUACUGUUCAGUACUGGAGUUUUAUGUGGCAGAUCCCCCUGCUUUACUUUGAUAAGGUUACUUUGUUACAAAACCAUGAUAUCACUUUUAUGGAGAAAAUAGUUGAGCACCCUGCCUCCUGUGACAGCUCUUGUUGAAGGAACCGAUUCAUUUUAAAAUGCUUAACAAUUGUAAGUCUUCUUUCUUAGAAAGAAAGAAAUAUGUAUUUGAUGAACAAUAGCCUUUUACCUGUUUACCUGACUGGACUUUUUUCUAUUUUUUUCUACUAACAGAGGAAAUUACUUCAUUUUACACUUCAUGUAUUCAUUGGUUGGGAGUUCAUUUCUUUUUCAAAAUUACUCAUCUAGCCAAGAAUUCAGUUUUAUUUAUUUGACGAAAACUGAGGUUACAUCAACUCACAUUACAGCAUUCUCCUGGGCCUUGGAUGCCCACAUUAUCUUGUGGUUGUUUUCAUCUCCAACAUUUAUAAUGGAACAGAAAAAAAUCGAUAUUGUUUUUGUUGUUAUAGCAUUGUACAAUAAAAUGAAUGUUAAAAUCUUA